UCUGAAGAACACACUAUUCCUUUGCCCUGGGCUUGAGCAAUAAAGGGUAGAUCUGAUUGCUGGUUGAACUGUCACCUCUUCACUGUGAUGGAAAAGUGCUCAUUUAAAACAAGCCCUCUGUUAUGCUGCUAAAACUGCCUCUGAAUACAAGAUCUGUGGUGAUUGUUAAAACACAAACCUCAAAAUGUCAGAACCCGACCCUUCAUCUGGUUUUGUAGGAAACAUGGAAAAUGGGACUUUUCUGGAGCUAUAUCCCACGUCACUUUCAACAUCUGUGGAUUCAUCACCUGGCCGUUUAUCCAACGUCUACGUCUAUGUUUCUAUAUUCCUCAGUCUCUUAGCUUUCCUCCUUUUGCUAUUGAUCAUUGCACUUCAGAGGCUGAAAAACAUAAUUUCUUCCAGUUCCUCAUACCCAGAAUAUAACAGUGAUGCUGGAAGUUCUUUCACUAAUUUAGAAGUCUGUAGUAUUUCUUCCCAGCGGUCUGCUCUUUCAAACCUUUCUUCAUGAAACUAAAUGAAAGGGAAUAUAUAGGGCAUGAAGAAGCUUUGUCUAGUUUCUAGGGGAGGUAGUGCAUGCAACAUUUGCCUUAGGAGACGACAAUGAAAAGGUGGCAUUUAAAGUUUACUUAGUUUUUUCAUUCCUUUUCUAGUCUUCAUUUUCCCUUUCCUGAUGAUUUUCAUUUUGGAUAAUGACUCUUAAUCAUUGUUUCAUGCCUGUAAUUGUGAUGCUUUUUUUCACACGUAUGUGGUGUUUAUUAGGAGUAUUCCUGCCAAACUGUAAUAUGGUUCUAAGUAGAUGUGUCAUUUUUUUCUGCUCUAGUUGUGGCCCCUUUCCUGGUUUUGUAUCAAUAAUACAUUGUUUUUCCUUUUUUUAAUUAGAAAAGGAUGAAAUCUCUGUUGCAAAAGUAACAAAAAAUGAGCUUAAAUUAUCAAUAUAGUUUGUGGGACAAUUUAAAGUUGUUGACAUUGUUUCUUUUUUCGUUUUUCUUGUCUUUUUCAGUAUUUGUUGGUGUUUAUUAAAUGCAACUAAAAUCCA